UUCCUUGCAAAUGGACCACAACUCAUUUAUAUGCUACGUACAUACGAACGCCUCUUUCUCCUUUCAAAAUAAAUCAUGUAUUCCGUAUUUCUUUCAAACCUCCACUAGACGAAAAAUACCAACGAUCCGGAAACCGCAUCACAGCAUCAACCGAGUGACCAGGAAUCGAACCAGAACAAUCAGAGCGACCAUAACUCUAGCUAUCCGCUACAGGCGCCAGGUGCAACUCCAUUAGAUCCCAGUGCCAGCACAGCAGUCAGUAGUCGUAGCAUGCGUCCUCAACUGACGCAGAGUAGUAGCCAGCUGGACCACCAGUCCGAUCACGCUCAGCAACCAACAAGCGAUUGCUCCAGUCUGGAUGGGAAUGUUUUCGCCGAAUCAUGCCAGACCGCAGCUCAAUCUAAGGCCCGGCGCUCUCAGACGUCCGAAUCGAUUACCUCCAGCAAUUUCAACUACAGCUUGAACCGUAGAUUUAUCUCGAAGAAUCAGAUGAAGGAAUUCCGGGAAGCAUUUCGACUGUUCGAUAAGGACAACGAUGGCUCGAUCACGAAAGAAGAAUUGGGUACGGUUAUGCGAUCGUUGGGACAGUUUGCGCGGGUGGAGGAGCUGCAAGAGAUGCUGUUGGAGAUUGAUGUUGAUGGCGAUGGGAACGUUAGCUUCGAGGAGUUUGUAGACAUCAUGUCCAACAUGACCGACACCAUGGCGGAGGCCUCGGCCGAUCAGGAAGAACGUGAAUUGCGUGAUGCUUUCCGCGUUUUUGACAAGCACAAUCGGGGCUACAUAACGGCAUCAGAUUUGCGAGCGGUCUUGCAGUGUCUAGGAGAGGAUUUAGAUGAAGAAGAAAUCGAAGACAUGAUCAAAGAGGUGGACGUCGACGGUGAUGGACGUAUUGAUUUCUAUGAAUUUGUGCAUGCCCUCGGCGAACCCGAGGACUCACAGGAAAACGAUGACGAAGAGGAAGUUAUCUCUUUGAGAUCGCUUUCCUGCGAUGUGAAUGCUUAAGUUAGAACUGUGUAAAGCGAUACUGGAUGAUCAACGAAUUGCAUCACACGUUCCUAGAAAAAAAAAAUGAACUACUUUUGGCCUGUGUUAGGGACGAUAUGCAUACACAAAUUUACACUUUGGACACAUGUUUCGCUUAUUCGUAAUUGUAUUUCUGCUUUAUUGACUAUAAGCAAAGGUAAAAGUGGUAACAAUUUUCCAAAUCAAUAGAUAAUCGAAAAUAAUCAAAAAUAGUUACUUAAAAGUAUAUGCACACAUAUCAGACUCAUCAUAAAGCAUUAAAAACAAUGCAAUACUUUGACAUAAAAAAUGUAGCCGUUUGAAAGGUAUGAUAACAGGAUGUGAAGACAA